CUGCAUUUGAUACAUGCUUUUUUAAUUUAAUUUAUUGUUUAAUUGUGAAAUUCUAUAAAAUGGAAGUUGAAACAGAUUGCGAAUCAAAACGCAUUCUCUGUCGUUUUAAAUCAGAGACUGGUCAAAUAGCUGGAGAUGUUAUGGAUUUACCUUUGCAAUGCACUUUAAAACAACUGAAUCUUAUAUGUAAUGCUGUUAUUCAGAACGCAGAAAAUGCUUCAUAUACAUUUUUUAUAAACGAUAAAGAAAUAAAGGAGAACUUGGAAAAAUCAAUAUCUUCAAAUGAAAUUAACAUUGAGAGCGUCGUCGAUAUAAUUUAUCAGCAGCAAGCCGUUUUUAAAGUCCGGGCUAUUACACGAUGUACAGCCUCAAUGCCAGGCCAUUCCGAAGCUGUUAUUUCAGUUAACUUCUCGCCAGAUGGAAAGCACUUAGCUAGCGGGUCAGGUGAUACUACUGUACGUUUCUGGGAUAUCGAAACACAAACACCUUACCAUACAUGUAAAGGACAUAAAAACUGGGUCUUAUGUAUAGCUUGGUCACCUGAUAGUAGUAAAUUAGCAUCUGCUUGUAAAGAUGGUAAAAUUAUAUUGUGGAACCCUAAAACAGGCAGUCAAGUAGGUAAAACAAUGAUGGGCCAUAAACAAUGGGUUACAUCUUUAAGUUGGGAACCAUAUCAUAAAAACACGGAAUGUAGAUAUUUUGUGAGUUCAUCUAAGGACUGUAAUCUAAGAAUAUGGGAUUCAGUACUAUGCACUACUGUUCGAACUUUAGCAGGUCACACCAAAGGUGUCACAGUUGUAAAGUGGGGUGGUGCAGGCCUGAUUUAUUCAGCUUCUCAAGAUAGAUCAGUUAAAGUAUGGCGGGCAGAGGAUGGAGUAUUAUGCAGAUCAUUAGAAGGGCAUGGUCAUUGGGUAAAUACACUCGCUCUAAGUACCGAUUAUAUUUUAAGAAUAGGUGCUUUUGAUCCUGUCAAAGACUCAAAUAAAGAUACCUACACACUUGAUAAAAGGAAAUCAAAGGAAUUUGCUUUGAAGAGAUAUAAAGAAAUAACAGAUUUAUUUGGUGAAAGGUUGGUGUCGGGGUCAGAUGAUUUUACAUUAUUUCUAUGGGAUCCCGAAAAAGAUAAAAAACCUAUUAACCGCUUACACGGUCAUAUUCAACCAGUGAAUGAUGUAAAAUUUUCGCCAAAUGGUAGAAUUAUUGCGUCUGCGUCGUUCGAUAAGUCUAUUAAACUAUGGGAUUCAAAAACAGGAAAAUUUAUAGGAGUUUUACGUGGGCACGUUCAGGCGGUUUAUAUGGUAGCUUUUAGUGCAGACUCGCGCCUGAUGGUGAGCGGUAGUGCCGACUCAACUUUAAAAUUGUGGAAUUUGGAUGGAAUGAAGCUUCAAGGAGACUUGCCGGGACAUGCUGAUGAAGUUUAUGCAGUGGACUGGAGCAGUGAUGGCCGUAAUGUAGCAAGUGGAGGAAAAGAUAAAGUACUAAAAUUGUGGCAAUACUGAUUUACAGUUGUUAUGAAGGUUUUCAUACAUCAUCGUACAUAUAGCAUAACAGUGAUAAACGGUAAGACGAAAGUUAUAAAUUUCAAAAACAUUUUUUAUACCAGAUAAGCCAAAUGAACAAAUUUAUGUUCAAAGUUAACUCUAUUGAAUCUUUUUAUAAGAUUUUUUACCAUAUUUGGAAAACUUGUUUUAAUAUG